AGAAGGCAUGGAGAGGAGGGGAGGCCACCCGCUGCUGAGAGGAGGCAGGAGAGCGGAGAAGGGAGGCUACCGCCAUGGCCUCUCGGCCGCCCAGAUGCGGACGCUGUCCGCCAUGUGUGGGACCUUCGUACCCACCGUGCCCAUCGAGGCCGCCUGCCUCGGUGGUGGAAAGGAUGAGGCGCCCGACGAGGCCGUCGAGGCCUUCUUCCUUGCUUCCGGCUCCGACUCCCCUGUGCCGGAUGAGGUUGCAGAGCUCUUGGUGAGGAGGGGCCAGAAGGAAGCUGUUGCUCUGGUUAAAUUGGUCCUGUGGGUCCUUGCUACAAGGCUGGGCACACUUGUCCUUUGUGGAUCUCUCAGUCUGUCAUGGAGGUUCCCAUUCAUCAACAAGUUCUCAGACAUGCCUGUGGAGAAGAGGGAACACAUUCUAAUGAAAUGGAACAGGGAGAAGUCCUUCAUAUUCCUGAGGCUGGUGUUUGUGAUAGUCAAGGUCUUCUGUCUCUAUGUCUUCUACUCUAUGACUAAUGAAGAGGAGGAAAAUAGAGCGUGGAAAGCAAUUGGGUACAACACUCCCUCCGAGGAGAAACCACACAAGUCUCGAGGAGAGAGGCCGCUUGAGAAAGGCAUCAUCGAGACCAUGGACAAGACGGACUCCUCGCUCCGCCAAUCUCUGAUCGAGAAAGGCCUGGCGGUCACCGACAACCCUCGGGAACACACCUAUACCAUCAACUGUGAUGUCGUCAUAGCUGGUUCCGGCUGCGGCGGUGGAGUCGCUGCUGCAGUGCUUGCGAGCUCCGGCCACAAGGUGGUAGUGGUCGAGAAAGGCAACUACUUCACGGCGGAAGACUACACCGCUCUGGAAGCCCCGUCCAUGGAUCAGUUGUAUGAGGCCGGUGGAAUCUUAAGCAGUCUUGACGUGAAGAUGAUGCUCAUGGCUGGCUCCACGGUGGGGGGUGGCUCAGCUGUUAACUGGGCAGCUUGUGUUAGGACACCGGAUUUUGUGCUUAGGGAAUGGGCAGAAGAACACCAUCUUCGACUCUUCGACUCGCCGACCUAUACCUCAGCCAUGGAUUCGGUCUGUGCAAGGCUUGGUGUCACGGAGAAGUGCACCAAGGAAGGAUUUCAGAACCAAGUUCUUCGAAGGGGAUGCCAGAAUUUGGGCCUCGAGGUGGAGUCGGUGCCAAGAAACUCUUCCGAGGACCAUUACUGCGGUACAUGCUGUUAUGGUUGCAGGAGCGGAGAUAAACGUGGCACGGAUACUACUUGGCUGGUUGAUGCGGUCGACCGUGGUGCAGUGAUCAUCACUGCAUGCAAGGCCGAGAGGUUCAUAAUCGAAGAGGACAGGCAAGACAGCAGCAGCAAGAAGAAGAAGAAAUGUUUGGGACUGAUUGCAAGAACAUUGAACAACGCGAUCACCAAGACGCUAAGGAUCGAAGCCAAGGCAACCAUUUCUGCCUGUGGAUCUCUGUUAACACCGCCACUGAUGGUCGCCAGCGGUCUCAGGAACCCCAACAUAGGCAAGAACCUUCGUCUUCACCCGGUAUUGCUUGCCUGGGGCUACUUCCCGGAAUCCGUAUCGGACCUCAAGGGCAACAUCUUCGAAGGAGGGAUCAUCACCUCACUGCACAAAGUGAAAGCUUCCGAGAAUUCAAACGCGACGCGUUCGAUCAUAGAGACGGCGGUGUUGGGGCCUGCGUCGUUUGCCACCCUGUUCCCAUGGGUGUCAGGAAAGGACAUGAAGGAGAAGAUGUUCAGGUACAGUCGAACGGCACACGUCUUUGCGCUGGUAAGAGACCGAGGAGCGGGAACUAUCGAGGGAGAGGGGAGGCUUAAGUAUCGGUUAGAUAGGUCGGACAAGGAGAAUCUGAGGGAAGGGCUGCGGAGAGCUCUGAGGAUUCUGGUGGCGGCCGGUGCGGCGGAGGUGGGGACUCACAGGAGCGACGGGCAAACGAUCAAAUGUAAAGGGAUGAAGGAAGAGGAGUUGGAGGAGUUCUUGGAUGGGAUCGACAGUGUGGGUGGUCCGAGGUCUAGGAGUGAUGUGUGGACCCUGCACUGCUCGGCGCAUCAGAUGGGGAGCUGCAGGAUGGGGGCGAGCGAGGAGGAGGGUGGGGUGGAUGAGAGAGGGGAGAGCUGGGAGGCAGGGGGGCUGUUUGUGUGUGAUGGGAGUGUAGUCCCCACUGCAGUUGGGGUCAAUCCCAUGAUCACCAUCCAAGCCAUUGCUUACUGCCUCUCCGAGGGGAUAGCUGAGUACCUGAAGAGGAGGGCAUGAGUGUGGUGGUGUUUGAUUGCUGCUCUAUAUUAUCUUUGGGUUGUUUUGGCUACUUAAGAAGCUGCAAUUCUAUAAACAAUUAGCUUAUGCUAAGUGAGCUGCUGGUUGUGU